AUGGCGGACGCAUCGCGUGAUCUCGCCCAGGGCACCAUCGAGGUGAUGGUGUCCGAGAGCGUGUGCGCGAAGGAGCGAAUGGAAGCGAGAGAGGUGGAAGAAGCCUACCAAAAGUUCGAGGAAAGCGAAGAGCACAUCAAGGAGCUAGAGGAUCGCGGCGCCAUCUCUGCGGAUGAAGCGCGCCGCCUGAGAACAAGAGGCAAGAUGCAUCAGCAAGAGGACUCCGAGAAGAAGCCGAAGAUCUCCAGCGCGGUGCUAGCGGGCGCUGACCACAAGACCAACGAGCAAAUCAUCGAGGAAGCUUUGAAAGCCAAAAAGGGUUUCUGGCUGAUGGAGUUCUUCCGGAAGGCCCUGAGGCUCGAUAAGCUGAAUGACAUCAUCAACAAGGAGAAGUCCAAGAGAAGAAAGCCGACAUACAUUCACAGGUUUCCUUACACGAGGGCCAUGGUGAAGACUGGCAUGAGCUUUGAGCUCUUCACCUUCUUCCUGGUCGCCUGCAACGGCGUUUUGACCGGCGUUCAGAUCUCCGCGUGCGGUCAAGGGUACGGAGAGCCCAAGCCUCAGAUGUCACGGUCAAAGACCGCCAUGUUGCUGGGUGUCUUCAACCCUACGGCGGUGUGGGCUCAAGUGGCCGAUCGCGUCCUUUGGGAAGCCAUGGGCAGCGCAGGCUUCAGAAGCGGGUACCGACGCUCAGAGGAUGUUCUCAUUGCAUCGGACGCAGUGUGCACGGAUUCCCAAGAAGUCCUGCAGCCGUUCUUCCUCUGCGAGCCACCAGAGCAGGUGCGAGUCUUCAUCACGCUCUUCUGCAUCUCCGUGGCGCUGGGGCUCAUCAUCCACCACCCCGCGGCGGUGAGCUUCUACCGUCGGCUCACACGAGCUCAGCCACCCCAAAGCCAGCGGCGAGGGCUGGGCUACACCGCGUGCAAGGCCUAUGGCAUUUUUCCCAUCGUCCAGCUUCCCGAGAGCCACUUCCAGAUGGUGGGCUGGCUACUGGUGGUGUCUCUCCUACUGGCCUGCCACUCUCAUCUGGCACCGCGUUUUUUCCUCUUCGCGAGCUUUGGCCUCUACUUCCUCUACUUCGGCCAGUUGUAUUGUGAGUCCAAGCACGGGGGCCACGGAGCGCUGCUGCUGCCCUCGGUGCUGCUGCUGCUGGCUCUGAGCGGCGGGCCCUUGGGCUCGCCCUGGAGCCUGGUAUUCAUCAAGCUCUUCCUGGGCACAAUCUACCUGGCUGGGGCUGUGUCCAAAGUCGUGGUCUCUGGGGUCUUUGGGAAGCCAUGGCUGGGCAGCACCAUGCAAGCCUACAUCCUGGACGCCAUGUGGAGCCGCCCCCACCCCUCCGCCCUGGUCCGCGCCGCGCAGCGCUUUCUGUUGCAGCGCUGGUAUCUCUGCACGUCUAUGGCCUUGUUUGGGCUGGUCUUCGAGUUUGGAUGGCUUCCCCUGGUCAUCUUCGGCGGAAAGCUGGGCUCCGUACUUGCGGCUGCAGUUGCCUUCUCCUUCCAUCUGGGUGUGGAUCUUCUGCAGGGUCUGGACUUCAAGCCCUUCUGGUGCCCGGUCUUCUGGGCCUUCCUCCCCGACGUGCAGGCACUUUGGUACGGCCAGGACGUGGUGAACGACUGGGAGGUGCUUGCCCAGGGCUUCGAAGAAGAGCCCUGCCGAUGGCUGAUGAGUGCGGCGUACCUGCUUCUGCAGGUGGCGGUGUCUCUCCGGUUCCUGGAUUGCCGGGAGGGCAUGGAGUGUUUGCCCCUCACCUGCUGCCCCAUGUUCGCCGUACCUCGGAACCUCUUCGACAAGGAGAUCCGUGGUGGCGUCAUGACUGACUUAGACCUUCGCGGAGGAGGACACGUGGACUUCGCCUACAACUUCUUCCCCUGGCUGACCGAUCUCCCGCUGAGCGGCAAGGACUUAAACCAGAUGCCUGGCCGGGUACUCUUCUGGAUGUCCACUCUCCACGUCGACGAUCAACUCAAGCGUUUGGUGAAGCCGGAGCACAUGGAUAAGGAGCUGAUGAUUUGCGCGAACUUCGAGGUUUCACCACUUUUGCACACCAAGCUGCUGGAACUCCUGCACCAUCUCGAGCAGGCUUGCCCAGAUGAUUGGGCGGAUGCAGCUAAGGUUACAUCCCUGAUCGAGCUCCAAGCAGAGUGCCGCCGGCUUUUCGAAGCGCACGCGGUCAACUUGGAGGCCCAGGAUGCCUCCUGCUCGUUUCAGGCCAAGGGCACUCCGGACCUACUCAACUGGAUGAACUUUUUUACACCUACGGAGUGCCAUCCAUACGUGGCUGCGCAGUGA